AUGGAACAUUUUGAGCGCGAGCUGUUGGACCAAAUUGACAGGGUCGCUACCUUGAGCGAGUGUUUCGAGUGGUUGCAGCGGUGCGACGAGUGUAUCGAACGACUGGAGGAACAUAGCCGCGUCAAGCGCCCUCGACUCAACGUUGGACAAAGACAAUCUUUGGUGGCAAGAAUCGCGCGACUCGUGGGUGAAAAGACACGACUGCAAAGACGUUUCGUGCACGUCGGUGGUAAUUACGCGAGUGACAACGCGGACAGACUCGUGUGGCGAGAGAUUGACACUGCGUUUGAGUAUCGCGUUCUGACAGGAGCGGUUGUCAAUGCGAAUUAUAUUGAACUGCGAAAGUUUUUAGAAGACGCUGGUGGUAUAGUACUCGAGCGAGUGCGGGACGCUAUCGAAAGACACAACUCUGUGAAAGUGAACACUGCGUUCAAUGGCGUAUUUGUAACGGGCAACAAACGCGCUAAUAAAAGUAUUACCACGAAAAACAACGAUCUCUUUAAAACAUCAGACUUGGAUGAGUGGUACGAGCGGUGCGUUAUCGAGCCCACGUUAGCAUCGCUCGAGGAAUUUCAAGAACGCGAUAGUGGGUGGGCGCUGUCGCGUAUACAGAAUUUGACUGUAAACGUGAAUAAGUACAAUUCUAUGCGCGCGGGAUGUAACGUGACAUUACCGCGGGAAAUAAUGACAAAGCGUGUGGUUGUUAACGUGAAAUUGACGGACAAUGCUUGCUUCGCGUGGUCUGUGGUAGCCGCUCUAUAUCCCACACAAAGACAUAGUGACAGGGAGUCAUCGUACCCACAUUAUACAAACGUUCUGAAUUUCGAUGACAUUGAGCUUCCAAUCGCGUUAAAAGACAUUAAAAAAUUCGAGAGGCUAAAUAAUAUUUCGGUCAACGUCUACGAGAUCCAAAAGGAUCAAACUGAAACCUAUAAAAUUCUCCCGCUGAGACUCUCCAACGACAAGAAGGAGAAGCAUGUUAAUCUGCUAUACGUGCAAGAUCCACGCGAAGACAACGUGGGGCACUUUGCAUGCAUCAAGGAUCUGUCUCGCCUAGUGAGCUCACAACUCAGUAAAAAGUAACACAAAAAAUAUAUUUGUGACUGGUGAGUAAUAAUUUUAUAAAUGUUAUACUAAUUGCAUAGUUGAAAAAUAAAAUUUACGCUAUUUUUUACAGAUGUUUACAUUACUUCAGUUUGGCGGAAAAGUUGGAUGUCCACAGCGUAGAUUGUUAGAAAAUGAACGACUGUGCCAUCCAACUACCUGCUGAAAACGAGAAAUGGCUGAGCUUCCGCAACAUUAACAAUAAGAAGCGCGUGCCGUUUGUCGUCUAUGCCGACCUGGAGUGUACAUUGGAGAAGACGGAGAAGGAGGAUAUGGAAAUAUCGUACUAGCAUCAUCAUCAAGUAUUUAGCUUAGGAUAUUAUGUACACUGUUCGUACGAUGAUGCGUUAUCGGGGUAUCGGUUUCGUCGCGAUAAGGAUUGCGUCGCGUGGUUCGCUAAACAGCUAGAAGAAUUAGCGCAUCGUGUAAAAUCAAUUUUAUCUGCUAAGGUCCCCAUGGAAACUUUAUCGAAAGAGCAAUGGGAGGCAUAUCGUAACGCGACGCGGUGUCAUAUUUGUGACAAGCCGGAUUCACACCGGAUGAU